CUGUUGGGUUCAGUGACAGCCAGAAGCCACACCGAGGUGACCAGUCUACCCUAGUGUCAAAAACCACCGUCCUGUCAGCCCUUGCUGUCGACCCACGGGAAACAUGUCUUUGUUCGGGAAGAUGUUUGGUAGCGGUGGCAAAGGGGGUAAAUCUGCAAGCCCUCAGGAGGCAAUCCAGCGACUGCGAGAAACUGAAGAAAUGUUGACCAAGAAGCAGGAGUUUCUGGAGAAGAAGAUCGAGCAGGAGCUCGUCACGGCCAAGAAAAACGGCACGAAGAACAAAAGAGCGGCACUACAGGCGUUGAAGCGCAAGAAGCGCUAUGAGAAGCAGUUAGCUCAGAUUGACGGCACUCUUUCCACUAUUGAGUUCCAGCGGGAGGCGCUAGAAAACGCACACACCAACACCGAGGUCAUCAAAAACAUGGGCUACGCUGCCAAGGCCAUGAAGGCGGCACACGACAACAUGGACAUCGACAAAGUGGACGAACUCAUGCAGGACAUCACAGAACAGCAGGAGCUGGCACAAGAAAUUUCAGACGCAAUCUCCAAACCUGUCGGGUUUGGAGAGGAAUUUGAUGAGGAUGAGCUGUUAGCUGAACUGGAGGAACUGGAGCAGGAAGAGUUGGACAAGAACCUUCUGGAGAUUGGAGAUAAUGUACCACUGCCAAACGUGCCCUCAACGUCUUUACCAUCCAGACCAGCAAAAAAGAAAGAAGAAGAGGACGAGGAUGACAUGAAAGACCUGGAGGCUUGGGCUGCCAAUUAAUGCUCUCAUUUCUCCAAACAAAAAAAAACAACCCAUACACACGAUACAAGGCAUAAACCUCACUCCAAUACCAGUUAUUAAAGGACCCGGGAAGGACUCUUCAGUAUGACACAGUUUGACAUCUCUGUCUAAAAUAGGUAAAUAUAUAAACACCAACAAGAGAAAAACUAAACUCUCCGCCAGGCUUACAGUCAGCACACUCUUCUACACAAGUCUGAGAUUUCGCCUCAACUCCGGACUCUUCUGACAGGAAAGGAAAGAAAGACUUGUUGUAGAUGAGUGUCUGUGUUUGUACGGCCCUCCGUUACCUGUAAAAGUAGUCAUCAUUUCAAUCCCGCUUCACGAGGAAACCUCUGCUUGGUCUUGAAAACCAACACACACACCCUUUGCACGCAGGGGAAAGUGUCUGUAGCAGUCUGUCAUGUUUAUUGAAGGGAACGUGUGGUGUAUUAUGAGUUCGUCUGUUCACAUGCACACAUUUUUUAAAAGCACUGUACGCCCCUUUUUCGCAUCAAGCGUUUCAGAUGGUGAUAAAAGUGCUGGUGCUUCUCAACGGGACGCCCCAAAUCAGCACUUAGUCUUAAUGAAUAUAAGACUUGAGGUGGAGGUAAAGGUCUUUAUCACCUCUUGAACGUGCAUCAAGCAACAGAAAGGAUUUUACUGUAAAUAAUCUCUCGUUAAAGGCAUGAUGGUUUACGCUAUCCCGACAGCAUGAGAUUCCUAUCUAAUAGGGCUCUUGACUCAACGUGUACUGUAAUUGGGAUAUUUCAGAAAAAAACGCGACAAUGUCUUGACAUUAGGAGUGGUUUCUUGAAAUGGGUGUUGUGUUAGAGGGGGUUUGUUGUAGAUUUCAGAUAUUUGUUUUAUUUUUGUGGUGCGAAUGCGUUCAGGACUGUUUGUAUAAGGACAGACGGCACAGAUUAAGUUAAUAUCAUGCUUUAUUUUACAGAGUGAUCUAUUAUUAUGUUCUGGUGAAGUGGUUUUAAUUCAUUUUUCCGUUCCUAAAAGAGUUUAUUAAAGCAUUUGAGUAUAGAAUAUUUUAGAGGGGUAUAUAAGCGCUGAACACGUAACCGAGUUUAUUUAUCAGACUCCCAAUGUUUCAAUCGUAUCCUUCGUUUGUCUUUUUGACACUCUCGUUUAUUUUGUCCUCCUCUGCCUUUCAACCUCACACCUACAUUAAAGUUUUGCCAAAAUGAA